AGUUGGUAAGAAAACCUCAAGCCUUUAACAUGGAUAUGGAUUUGAAUAACGACUUGGAGAAACGCAUUUCGGAUGCCUUUUGUGUGUUCGAUCAUCAUGGCGACAAGUUCAUCGACGUUAGAGAAGUGGGCACUGUGCUGAGACUCCUGGGCUGUGUUCCCACCGAGGAGGAGGUGAACGAAGUAAUUUCGGCUACAGAAUCGGAGGAGACCAGUGGCGAAGUGCAUUUGACUAAAUUUUUGCCACACGUCUCGCAACUGCUCAUGGAAAGAAAAAUGGAGCCUGCUCCGCCAGAGAAAAUUCUCCAGGCCUUUAAGAUCUUGGAUCCGGAGAACAAGGGCUAUCUCACCAAGGAGAGCUUUGGCAAACUGAUGAUGGAGGAGGGCGAGCCUUUCACCCAAGAGGAAAUGGACGAAAUGUGGCCAGUGGCCAUAGACCCAAUUAGCGGACACAUACCCUAUGAGUUCUACCUGAAUCAGCUCAUGGUCUAUCUGUAAGGGAAACAGAGUGCUUUAAUAAAGAUUCCAAUUUAAGUCU